GAAUGGUUUUUGAAGGGCUAAGGAAUGAGAUAAAGAGUCACAGUACAGACAGUGGAACGGAAACGAGCACAUCCGGACAGCCUCGAUUUUAGUCAAAAUAUUCGGAGAGGCCAAGCAGGAAAUAGGGAAUUAGAUCGACGACGCGUGCUGGAGGCUGUAUUUCCAGCCCACUAGAAUUGUGCACCGUAUGCCGUUGCCGGCGUUGCAGCUUCGCUCUUGCGUUCUGUGUCUGUCUGUCUUUCUUGCGACUUGCUGCAGGGGAGACGAGUUUAGGUCUCCGUUACUCGUGCGCAGAGAAUUGUCGGCAUGGAUUCUUUGUUGAGGAGGAUUUUACGCCCGUCGUAGUCGCAAAACCUAGAACCCUUCGAGGGCCGGGGCAGCUGCAGCUGUCCUGUCGCGAGCGUUCGGGGUUCAGGAGAUUCCGGAUAGAUGUCAUUUCUUGGCGAAGUCCUUUGACUCGGAAAGUUGGCGUGUUGUUGCCUUAGAGAGCAGCAGGCGUGCCCGUGCGACGACUGGUGCGGAGGUAAUAAUCUCCCCGCGCUGCACAGUUGCUCUUUUAUGCCACGGACGUCGGUGGCCGGUCGCGCCAAUGUUUGCUCCCGGGUGAUGUGUGUGUGGGUGGGGUGGUGCUCGAGGCUCCGUAGUUGUUGUUUCAGGAGGGUGUGAUUGAGGUCGAGCUCUAGCAUGGCGGAUGUGUUGGACACUCCUCCAGAACCUCUAGCGGGGACUGAUAGACGAAGAGAUCGUUCUGCUGAUCGGAAGGAGAAGGCAGCUGCGGAUGACCGGAGACGUGAUCGAGAACCGCGUGAACGCAGAGAAGAGCGACCCGCAGGUGAGAGAGACGAUCGACCACCACGACGUGAGCACCACGAGAGAAGGGCUGGUCAGGAAGGAGGGACUGUAGCUGAGCGCCGGGAGCGAGAUAGGGAGUACAAGCGUCGGAAAAGCCCUAGUCCUCCUCCAUUCCACCGGGAUCGACGUCAUUCUCCACCCAUGCGACGAUCUCCUCCUUAUAAGCGGUCGCGAAGGGAUGACGAGAGUGAUGGUGCCCGACGGGGCUCACCACCUCGAGUCAUCCCUGGUGCUGGAGAUGACAUUGGAAGAGCUUCGGGGUUUUCCGGUGAUCGUAGGCAUUUGGAUCACUUGAUAUUGUGAGAGGCCCUCUCCUCCUCUACGAGGCUCACAUUGAUCGUAUUGUGAAUAUAAGAUUAGUUCUUUCUCGUGCCCAUCAUGAUGUGGCUCCACGGCAAGCAGUUGCCUGCUUUCCUCUGAAAGUAAUUUGAGUGACUAGCAAGGAAGACAAAUGUUCUCCGAAUGACAUUUGUCUUCUUAGUGCGAGGACACCGGUCAAACAUCACACUCAUUGUCGAUCCAAUCAGGAGAGAAUGGGAGGGAGAGAAUUAGAGGAGAGUAGUCUUUCAUCUGGCCAUAUUCUGGAGACGGAUAAUAGUCAGCCAGUGGCAUCGUCGCUGAAUUCGAAUCAGUCUUGGCUGUCACUACCUAAGCAGACAUUAGGACGAUCAGAGAGCAUGGCGCCCAACAAGAGCAAUGAGAGGUAUGGCUAUGACGGCAUGGGCCCGUAUGAUGGCCGAGGAGGUCAAGGAGGUCGUGGAUAUGGUGGAGACGAAAGAGGGCAGGGGCGUCAUGGAGGAUCUCGUUCGAACUUCCAUGGUGGUCCGCCUGCGGACUGGCCUGGACCUGGGCGCACGGGAUUCAGCGACGGUCCAUAUUCAACCAUGUAUGGCGGCCCGCCUUCUCGCAGGGAGGGAUUAAUGUCCUACAAACAGUUUAUUGCUGAACUGGAAGACGACAUCUUGCCUGCAGAAGCAGAGCGGAGAUACGAGGAGUACAAGGCAGAAUUCAUUACUACUCAAAAGCGAGCCUUUUUUGAACAACACAAGGAUGAUGAUUGGCUGCGAGAGAAGUAUGAUCCAUCUCGACUAGAGGCAGUCUUGUCCAGGAGAAAUGAAAACGCGAAGACUUUGGCGAAAGAUUUUCAAACGGACUUGCAAGCAGGCAACUUGGAUGUGGGUCCAACUGCCGUCGUAUUUCAAUCUGCUAUCAAGGAAGGAGAACCAGGGUCUGAAGAAGAGGUGGAUGCCCACGGGAAGAGGAGGAAACAACCUGGUGGUUUGUCCAAAGAUCGGGAGUUUGACGCGGCUCCGAAGGCUCCCUCAGCGUUGGCAGAUGCGAAAAGAGUUCCUAAGGACAUCGACCAAGCACGCGCGUUGAUAAAGAAACUUGAUGCGGAAAAAGGCAUCGAGGGCAAUAUACUGCUUACUUCUGGAAAUUCGAACCUAGAGGGUGAGAAAUCAAUGAGUGGCGUUUCGUUAGGCACGAUAGUUAUCAUCAGAGGUGCCAACCAGGUCAAAGGGCUGGAAGGACUUGAACUUAUGGACGUUAUGCUAACGUACUUAUGGCGCAUUCAUUCUCUCGAUUACUACGGCAUGGUGGAGCUGAAAGACGCCCCCAAAGGCCUGAGACACGUGAGAGGGCCAGAAACUAAAGGAGGAGACGAAAGUGCACUGCAAGUAGCAGCUGCUGACUGGGAGAAGAAACUUGACUCAAUGUGGCAGAGUAGAUUACAAGGUCAAGAUCUUAUCGAGGCUAUGCUCGGUAGGGACAAACUUGAAGCGACAGCGAACGAAGCUUUGGAUCCUUUUGUGAGGAAAAUUCGAGAUGAAAAGUACGGUUGGAAAUAUGGUUGUGGAGCCAAGGGCUGUACGAAGCUAUUCCACGGCCCAGAAUAUGUGCAUAAGCAUUUAAAGCUGAAGCACUCUGAGCUCGUAAGUGAUGUGGUGGCGAAAGCACGUGAAGAAUUGUAUUUUCAAAAUUACAUGAACGACGCUGACGCCCCUGGAGCCAAUCAGUCCUUUACUUCUCAGCCUGGACCUAGAGAGAAGAAUAGAAGACGAAGAACUGGGGUUGCUGCUAGCGGGAUGGGUACUUUCCCAGGUGGUGCGGAUCGAAUGUCGAGUGAACGCAAUCCAAAUGCUGCUCUACCACUUGCUGGUUCCAGUAGAGGACCACGUGAUGGUGUCGAGCGCUUUGAUCGAGGUGGGGGCCGGGAGAAUGAGAGGUCGGAUAGAGUCGGUCACGAGGAGGAGCAGCGUUAUGAUCGAGGAGGUGACCAUUCUCCACCGAGCAGAGAUUUUGCCACAAUGGGUGGUGGGGCUGCCUUCGACGGAGGACCGGCAGGACCUUUUGAAGGCGGCCCUUCUGACACACCAAUGUUCGAUCCAUUCAGUGGUCCCCCUUUGAGGGGUCCUCCAUUUGGUUCUGACAUUCCACCACCUCCUCCUGUCUUAAUGCCGGUACCUGGGGCAGGGCCACUUGGUCCUUUUGUUCCAGCUCCGCCGGAGGUGGCCAUGAGGAUGUUAAGAGAACAAGGCGGGCCACCUCCUUUUCACCCCGGUGCCUUUGACGGAAACUUCGAGGCCGAGGGCAAUGGUGGAGGUGGUGGUGGUGCUGGCCCACGUGGUCGCAAGGGACGGGGUGGUGUUAGUGGUGGGCAUGGAAUGGGUGGGGGUAUGAUGGAUAAUGCACCCAUGAUGCUCCCUCUAUCUCAGUCCAUCCGCCAUGACCCGCGAAACGUCCGAAGCUAUCACGAUCUUGAUGCUCCUGAAGAUGAAGUAACCGUGAUUGAUUACCGCAGUCUUUAGGCCUCUACUAAAACCUACAGCUUUGUACGCAGUAGCGUUCUCGAUCCAAAAGUAAACGUGACAGAUUUUCAUCUUCAAAGGAGGCUUGUGUCCAUGUGGAUUCAUUGCUAGUGUCUCAGUCUGAUCCCUGCUCUUUGAUUUAGAGCAUAGAGUUGAAUGCACCUUAAGGAGGAUAAUUACCGACUUCUUGUAAUCAGUGGUUGUGUGCGGAUAUCGGCACGAAGUUAAAGGUCGGUAUAGAUACAUCUGCUUUUUGCAUGUUUGUUUUGAGGUUUUUUGCAGAUUAUGUGUGGUGCAAAUUCUUUUCGAUUCGAGGCUUUUGGCAGUUGCAGAAGGCGAUUUUAGAUUCCGGACUUAUACGUAGAUGGUGACGGUCACGGGAUUCGUGAUUUGAUUAAUGGUUGGGUUUUUUGGACUGGUAUGUGGCCUAAGGGAUUUCUCUUGCGACGUAACGAGUGAGCGUUGAUCGAGUCGAGUUUUAAAGUUGGCUUGUACCACCUUCUUAGUUUGCCAAGAAAGAUGUUUGGGGUUGAGUCCAGAUACUUGUAACUGGAGUCAACCAAUUUGUUGUGAAGUAAGGCUGCAGCUUGUUCUUUUACCUCUGAGGCAUGCAGUGUGUUGAGAUUCUCGUCUAGCCUUAGACCUGUACAAAUGCUCGUCUCUCCGAGACUUCAAGUUUAUGGCUCGUUCUUGCCCUAUGCGUAGACGGUCAUCUCCCUCAUCUGUCAAAUAUUACAAGGCCACUUUUGGUCCAAACGCGAACG